AUGCAAAAAAAAUAGACAGAAAUGAGAAAGGCUUUGCCUAUGCUGAAGCAAUUUAGCCAGGAAAAAAGCGACUUUGGGUAUUUAGGCGAAGAAGUUCGUAUUAUAGAGUCAUCAAAUAAAAAUGCCUUCAUAGAUUCUAUAGAGUAAAGGAAGUCAGCUUUUUUAGAUGUUGGCAUGCAAUAUAUUGGACUUGAAGGUAUUUUAAACAUAUCAUAUAGUAUCUAGCUCAUGAAGAAUUUAGAGAAGCUUCAUCUGAAGCUAAAUGAAAACGAUAUAGGCUUAGAAGAAAUAGAGUAUCUUGCAGAAGCAAUAGGAUAAUUAAAGCACCUAAAGGAUUUAUCUCUUAAUUUAGACUACAAUGAUAUUAAAACAGAAGGAAUCAAGUUACUUAUAGAACAGCUACUAAAGGUGACUAAGCUAGAAGUUUUAACAUUGAGUUUAAUCAAUAAUGAAUUGGGAGACGAAGGUGUGACUAUAAUAUCAGAAUAUUUAAGCCAUAUGAAGCACAUGCAAAUGCUCUAAUUAUAGUUGGAUUCUAAUAUGAUCACAGGCAAAGGCAUGAAUACUUUGAGUGAUGGAUUGACUCAUUUGAAGAGACUCAAGUCUUUGAAGCUUAUAGUUGGAGAAAAUCAGUUAGGAGUUCAAGGAAUUAAAGAAAUUGCUAAUGGAAUUCAUAACCUAAGAGAAUUGCAAGACUUAUCUUUGUUUUUAGGUUGGAAUAGUCUUCAAAACGAAGGCAUGAAGGAGUUUUCAGAUGGUCUUAAGAACUUGAGAAAACUUAGAUCUCUAGACUUAAAUUUCUAUUAAAAUGACAUGGAAGACGAAGCAGCUAUUGAGCUCUCUAUGGCACUUCUUCACUUAACUGGUUUAACUUAGUUAUAACUUCUUUUAAACUAUAAUAAACUUGGUUCAGAAGGUGUUUCAGCUCUUGCUCACUCUUUAAAAUAAUUAAGACAUUUAAAAAAGCUUACAUUAGUCCUCAUUGAAAAUAAGAUAGACAAGAUAGGAGCUAUUGAAACAGCAUAAGCAUUAAAUGAAUUGUAAGAUUUAAAUGAGCUAAUCUUGAGUUUUAAGAGCAACAAAAUCACAGAUGAAGGAGCAAAGGAACUUGAAAAGUCUAUUAGCUCUCUAAAAAAUUUAUAAAGCUUGAACAUGAACUUAAAUAUGACUGGAAUGUCACCUGAAAUGCAAACCAUGUAUGGAAAAGAAUUAUUUAAAUAAAUUCAGUUGCUUAAUUAACUUAGAAUAGGAUUAGACUUUUAGAGUCCUAUAGUUAAUAUGAUAAUUAGUAGAAUGGAAUUGAUGAAUGAAUUCCUUAUGGAAAUAACUGCCUUAGAAAAGAUAGGUAUUAAAAAUCUUUUCACAUAAGAAAUGCUAUUGCUAAUUGAACAAGAUAUGGUUAUAGAUAUUUUAGGGACUGAUUUUCUUUCUUUGGUUCCUCUUAAUUACAGAUUUUGA